CUCAAAACCAUGCAAAGCUCCAUGCCCACUCCUCCACAUACAAACGGCUCAAAUGGAUCUGCAUCACUCUUUCAACUGGAUCAGAAUAGUAGCCACGCAUUAGAUACCGAAUACCAUGAACAUAAAAACGUUAGUGUAGAUCAAUUGUCAAGUCAUUUGGACCAAUCAGUAAGCGAAAUUGUAGAUGGAUCCCCAGUAAGUGAGGCUUCCGGAUCAUCCGUAGGAUACCAAGUGACGGAUCAACCCGCUCGUAUGAGUCUACCUCCUGUGCCUACAGUUCCAAAAAGACUGCUGGAUCAAUAUGGAUUUUUUCUGGAUACGGAUGAUGCCAACUCUAGUUAUAUUUUAAACGCGCAUGAAAAGAAGCAAUAUAUGGAUUUGGAAGUAGAGUGGCUUCAUUUGCUAGAAAACUGGGAUGUUUCCUCUAGAAAAAAACACAGUAGAAUUAAAAAGAUUUGUCGAAUGGGUAUACCCGAUUCUAUACGAGGAAAUGCCUGGUCGGCAAUGGCAGGUGUCGAAAAGUUGCGGAAGCCUGGAUUGUUUGAGUCACUUGUAAAUAGUCAAGACUCUCCUGUUAUUUUUGAAACGAUUGAGCGGGAUAUUCAUCGGUGUUAUCCAAACCACAUGAUGUUUUCUCAAAAAAACGAAGAAGGACAACAAAAUUUGAGAAUAGUACUGAGAGCAUAUGCUCUAUAUAACUCGGAACUGGGCUACUGCCAAGGAAUGGGCAUGAUCGUUGGGCUAUUGUUGAUGCGCAUGGAGCCUGAGGACGCGUUCUGGUUGCUAGUGGCUAUACUCGAAAACUAUAUUCAAGGAUAUCACUCUGUGAAUUUAUACCAAUUGCGUCUGGAUGCGAGUGCGUUUGAACUAGCAAUGCAGAAAUAUCUGAAGCCUGUAGCAAAGUACAUGUCAAAGCUCGAUGUUUCUCCAUUGACAUACAUGACACAAUGGUUCUUGACGUUGUACACCAUGGCUCUACCAUGGCGAACAGUACUGCGUGUUUGGGAUAUGUUUUUUUGUGAUGGCCCCAAAGCUCUUUUUCGAGUUGGAAUGGGUAUUUUGUCUGCCAAAAAAUCGUAUCUUUUCAAAAACUGUCCUACCUCGUCAGAUGCGAUUGGAUUUUUGUUGCAAGUUCCAAAAGAAUUCGACGAUGCGGAUGCGCUGUUGAAGGUAUGCCUCAAGAUCAAGAUCAAGCAUGACGAUAUGAAUAAAUUUCGAGAAAGGACCAAAAAGCUGCAUGCUUCAUUGGAUGAAAAGCUCAAUAAAGUCUCUCAAGAGAAGGGAUGAUGU